AUGACUGAAUCCUGUCCACUUGCAUAUAUCGCUUUAUCGCUUCAAUGCAUUGUUGGGGUGCUUUUGCAAACUAUUCUGGCAGGCAUUGUGAUAGCCAAAAUCUUAAGGCCAAAGAAGCGAAAACAAGAAAUGCGUUUUAGCCAAUGUGCCGUUAUUGGCCCGGUUGAUGAUGAAGAUCAAAGGCCUGCUCUAAUGAUUCGUUUGGCCGAUAUUCAACAUAAGUUAUAUAUUGCUGAAUCUCAUGUUCGGUUGUAUAUGGCAACCACGAAAAUUAACAAUAGAGGUGAAUGCGAGCUAAUCGGUGUACAGGACAUGAAUGUUGGUUACGAUACAGGCAUGGAUCGAGUAUUGUUAUUAUGGCCAGUAGUCAUUCGGCAUAUUAUUGACCAAGAUUCCCCCUUAUGGGAAAUUACUGAGGAAAAAUUAAGAACAUGUCAGUUUGAACUGAUAAUGACCGUUGAAGGAAUAGUAGAAGCUACUGGAAUGGCAUUUCAGGCACGCUCUUCAUUUUUGCCUGAUGAAAUACAUUGGGCAAAACGGUUUGUGCCAAUGAUGAGGCUGAACACCGAUACUAAUCAAUUUGAGGUUGAUUACAAUUUAUUCGAUGUAACUGAACCUCACCCCUUAGAAAGUUGGUUACAUAAUGAAUAUAACCAUGAACAACACGAAGAAGAAUAUUCACCAAUGCCUCAUUCCACAAAAUUAUCAGUUAUUUCUGAGCUCAAUUCAAUAGCUAUACAAAAUCAAACCCAACAAUACACUAAUUAUAACAAUAAUAUCCAUGGAAUACCUAAUGGUGUUGCAUUACCACCACCAACCUUAUCAGAACCGUUACCUGCAUCAUUCCAUAUUCAUCAUUCCCAACAUCAUCAUAAUCAUCAUUUAAUAGAUCAGCAACAUCAAGCAUCGCUUCUGCGGCGAAAAUCAACUUGCUCAAUUGCUGAUUCGAUUAGGAGUGGCAAAAUAAUGGGAAAUAAUACGUCAUUUGCUGACGAGGUGGGAAUUCGUCUGUACCUUAAAAAUUAUCCUAAAACUCAUUUUCAGAAGGCUGGCGAUAAUAUCAGGCAAAGGAAAAGUUCUCGAGGAUCCCUACUUCAUGUACUGCUUAGGCGAACUCAGACUAACGACAGUAGUCCUCUUGUGGGUAACAACGGCACUGGAAAUAACAAUAAUACUCAAGAAGAAGAUGAUGAGUGUGGUGGGGAACGAACUGGAGGUGUAUUAAGUUCUGCAUGUUCACCUCUUCCUCCAUUGCCUCCAGCUAGUCCUUAUGUGGUUCAUACACUUCAACAUUCUGGAUUUACAUAA